AUGCGUCGUUCUGCGCGAAGGGUUGAAGCUGAACUUCUCACCUGCCGGAAACAACCGGAGUACACAGUAGUGAAGAAGUCGUCUGGUGAGUGUGUGACACCCCGUGUGUCAGGAGGCUGGAGCAGGAGCCAGAGCUCCGCCCCCGAGGAGCCUCCACCUCAUUCACUGAUCCAUGAGCAGAAGAUCCUAGAACUUACCUCCAGGAUCACUGAGCUGCUGACUGGAGAGGUUCCUAUAAGGUGUCAGGAUGUCACUGUCUAUUUCUCCAUGGAGGAGUGGGAGUAUUUAUUAGGACACAAGGAUCUGUACAAGGAUCAGCUCAUGAUGGAGGAUCACCAGUCCCUCACAUCACCAGGUAAGAGGAGAGAGCAGGUUUGUGGAUCUCCUAGAUUCCCCCAUCAUCUGAUCAUCACAUAUAACAAUGGAUUCAGUCACUGUAUUGUGGUAAAUGUCGUCCUCUGUGCACUUGGCAAUAAAGAUUCAUCCAGGAUAAAUGUAAAGUUCUCCCCUGUAGAUGAUGGAGUCUAUAAUUUGGAAUCUUUGCAGGAAAGUUCUGGAGGAACAAUGAGUGGACUAGAAAACCCCAUAUCAGAGAAUGGAGAGAAGACAUUUUUAUGUCUGGAAUGUGGAAAAUGUUUUACUAAGAAAAGAAAUUUUGUUAGCCAUCACAGGAAUCACACAGGAGAGAAGCCAUUUCAAUGCCUGGAAUGUGGAAGAUGUUUUAAUAGGAAAGCCCAUCUUGUUAAACAUCAGAGAAUGCACACAGGAGAGAAGCCAUUUUUAUGUUCAGAAUGUGGAAAAUCAUUUAGUGACAAGUCAAAUCUUGUGGAGCAUCAAAAAACUCACACAGGACAGAAGCCAUUGUCAUGCUCAGAAUGUGGAAAAUGUUUUCGUAAGAAAUCAAAUCUUGUCACUCAUCAGAGAACUCACACAGGAGAGAAGUCAUAUGCAUGUCCAGAAUGUUUAAAGUGUUUUAGUCAUAGAGCAGUUCUUGUGGAACAUAUAAAAGCUCACACAGGAGAGAAGCCAUUUUCUUGCUCGGAAUGUGAAAAAGGUUUUACUAAAAAAUCAAGGCUGGUUGACCAUCUAAAAACUCACACAGGGGAGAAACCUUUUUCAUGUUCAGAUUGUGGAAAAUCAUUUACAUUGGAAUCAAGUCUUGUAUACCAUCAGAAAACUCACACAGACAAGAAGCCAUUUUCAUGUUCAGAAUGUGGGAAAUGUUUCCUUAAGAAAGCAUAUCUUGUCAAUCAUCAGAGAGCACACACAGGAGAGAAACCAUUUUCAUGCUUGGAAUGUGGCAAAUGUUUUACUAUGAAAUCACUUCUUGUAAGACAUCAGAAAAACCACAUAGGAGAGAAGCCACUUUUAUGCUUAGGAUGUGGAAAAUCAUUUAGUGAGAACAUAUGUCUUGUGGAACAUCAGAAAACUCACACAGAGGAGAAGCCUCUGUUAUGCUUGGAAUGUGGCAAAUGUUGUACAAGGAAAGCUGAUCUUGUUAAACAUCAGAGAAUGCACACAGGAGAGAAGCCAUUUUUGUGUUCAGACUGUGGAAAAUCAUUUGGUGACAAGUCAAAUCUUGUGGAACAUCAAAGACUUCACACAGGUCAGAAGCCAUUGUCAUGCUCAGAAUGUGGGAAAUAUUUUAGUAAGAAUUCAAGUCUUGUUAUUCAUCAGAGAACUCACACAGGAGAGAAGCCCUAUACAUGUCCUGAAUGUUUUAAGUGUUUUAGACAUAGAGCAACCCUUGUGGAUCAUAUGAAAACUCACACAGGAGAGAAACCAUUUUCAUGCUCAGAAUGUGGAAGAUGUUUUAUUAAGAAAACAAGGCUGCAUAACCAUCUAAAAACCCACACAGAGAAGCCAUUUUCUUGUUCAGAAUGUGGAGAAUCAUUUUGUGAGAAUAGCAUUCUUGUGGAACAUCAGCAAACUCACGCAGAAGAGAAGCCAUUUCUAUGCUUGGAAUGUGGCAAAUGUUUUACUAUGAAAUCACUUCUUGAUAGACAUCUAAGACAUCACACAGGAGAGAAGCCAUUUUCAUGUUUGCAAUGUAGGAAAUGUUUUAGUCAGAAAUCACAUCUUGUUAGGCAUCAGAACAUUCACACAGGAGAGAAGCCAUUUUCAUGUCCAGAAUGUGGGAAAUGUUUCAGUGAAAAACCAAAUCUUGUGAAUCAUAUGAAAACUCACUAAGGGGAGAAGCCCUUUUCACAUUCGGUAUGUGAUUCAUUUUUUAAUACCUCCAGAUCCAACUGGGUUUGGACUAAAUGGACUGUUUCCCAAAGUUCUUCUAUGUGAGAAUAAAGUAUGAAGACUUCUCUUUGUUUCUUCUAUUCUUUUUGUAUCUGGAGAAUUCGGACAUUGUUCUUUAUACAGAACAGAAGAGACAUCCUGUGGGGCAUGACUUUUCUGGACAUGAGAUUUAUUGAAUAAAAAAUAAAAAAUAAUUAUAAAAACAAAAAAGUUUAAAAGAAAAAAAAAAUCCAUUACUGCUGAGCACAUAAGAGUAAUCUCCUCGUGUAUCUACUUUCUCUUUCUCCUGUGAUAUUACAGCUAUGUGCACACAGAAUUUGGUGGAGACCCUGAAGCAAUUAAUGGGGUACUCCGCCCCUAGGCAUCUUAUCCCCUAUCCAAAAUAAAGAGGAUAUGAUGUCUAAUCACGGGCGUCCCGCCACUGGGGACCCCCACGAUCUCCCUGCUGCUUUGUUUAGAGCAUUGGGUGCAGCGCUGGAGGCUCGU